AUGAUUCGUAACUAUGUGCGCAAAACCAAUCGUCAAUCUUGGGAUGAGAGUUCUAAGUUAUUAGCCAUUAAGUCAUUAAUUGCUGUUAAUUUGAAGUCACCUACUGUGGGGCAAAACCGUUGGGGCAAAAGCAUGAUUCGUAACUAUGUGCGCAAAACCAAUCGUCAAUCUUGGGAUGAGAGUUCUAAGUUAUUAGCCAUUAAGUCAGUAAUUGAUAAUAAAAAUAGUUACACCAAAGCAUCAGCCAAUUACAAUGUGCCCCAUUCAACACUACAAGAUAGAGUCAAAAAAAUUAAAGAUGGUAAAUUAGAAUUUGACAACAGUGAUUCAAAAGAUUGUAUUUUAAACCCACAUACAAAUGUAAACCUUAACUUUUAUAAUGUACUGUCUGUUUGUAGGUACAUCCAUCAAAUAGAUGCAGUUUUAUUAUCGCACCCGGAUCGUUUUCAUCUUGGAAUUUUGCCAUACCUCGUUGGCAAAUGCGGUUUAAACUGUCCUGUCUAUGCAACUAUACCUGUUUACCAAAUGGGUCAAAUGUUUAUGUAUGAUUUACAUCAAUCUUUGUGCAAUGCGGAAGAUUUUAAUUUAUUUAAUUUAGACGAUGUGGAUGCUGCUUUCGAUAAAGUCAUACAAGUAAAAUAUAAUCAAAUUGUUUCAUUAAAAGGUAAAGGAAUUGGUUUAAGAAUCGUAGCAUUAGCAUCUGGCCAUAUGGUUGGCGGUACAAUUUGGAAAAUAUCUAAGGUUGGCGAAGAGGAUAUUGUUUAUGCUGUAGAUUUUAAUCAUAGAAAAGAAAGACAUUUGAAUGGCAGUGACUUAGAAAAGCUGGGAAGACCAUCAUUACUGAUAUUGGAUUGUUUUAAUGCUGCUUAUGCACAACCCAGGCGUAGGUCUCGCGAUGAAGCUUUAAUGACUUGUAUAUUGACAACAUUGCGUGUCAAAGGCAAUGUUUUGAUGGCGGUUGAUACAGCAGGACGUGUCUUAGAAUUGAUACAUAUGCUGGACCAACUGUGGCGUAAUAAAGAAUCUGGUCUUGGUGUGUACUCAUUAGUAUUUUUAACAAAUGUCAGCUACAACACUGUAGAAUUCGCAAAGUCUCAAAUUGAGUGGAUGAGUGAUAAAUUAAUGAAAAGUUUUGAAGGUGCAAGGAAUAAUCCAUUUAUUUUUAAGCAUGUAAAACUAUGCCAUAACAUGAAUGAUUUAAAAAAAGUCUCUGAACCAAAAGUUGUAUUAGCUAGCCAUGGAGAUCUUGAAAAUGGGUUUUCAAGAGAAGUUUUUAUUAUGUGGGCUUCAAACCCUAAAAACAGUAUUAUUCUUACAGACAGAGCUGCUCCUGGUACAUUAGCUCGCAAUUUAAUUGAUGGUGGAAGUGAUAGAAAUAUUAAACUGAUUGUCAAGAAACGUGUACCUUUAGAUGAAAAUGAGUUGGAAGAAUAUAAUAUAAAAUACGAGAAAGAAAAAAUGGAAGGCAGUAAAAUGGACCCAGUAAGUUCUGAUUCUGAAGAUGAACAAGAAGUUAUGAGAGGAAAAUAUGACUUAUUAGUAGAUGCUGAUACAUUAAGCUCCAAAAAAUCUUCAAAAAAAGAAUUUUCUCAUAACAUGUUUCCUUAUUAUGAAGAUAAAUGCAAAUUUGACCAAUAUGGGGAAAUUAUAAAACCAGAAGAUUUUAUUAAAUUUGAUGUAGCACCGGUAGACAAACCAACCUUAGAUGAACCAAAUAAAAAAAGUGAUAUAGAAGAAAAUUUAUAUAACGUUCCAUCAAAGUGUGUGAAGUAUGAACAAAACAUUUAUGUGGCUGCCAAAAUUGUAUACAUUGAUUUUGAAGGUCGCUCAGACGGAGAAUCAAUAAAACAAAUGGUUCUUGCAUUAAAACCUAGACGUUUGAUAUUAGUAAGAGGCAACUCAUACAGUACUAAGGUUGUUUAUAACUUUGCCAAAGUAUUUAUAGAUGGUAAAGUUUUUACACCUAGAAUUGGACAAUGUAUGAAUGUAACAACUGAAUCUCAUAUAUACCAAGUACGUUUAACAGAUACACUUCUUUCCAAAAUUAAUUUUAAAAAAGGACCAAAUGGUAAUUUAGCUUACAUGAAUGCCAAAUUAAAACUAAAUAGUCGUGAUACUGUUAUGGAAGUGGACAAUGUUAUAUCUGAAAAGAUGCCAAGAAUAGAUGAUCAAAUAUUUACACUUGAACCUUUAGCAGAUCAUGAAAUUCAUCCUCACAAGACCGUAUUUAUUAACCGUUUAAAACUGUCAGAUUUUAAACAAAUUUUAUCCAAAAAAAAUAUACCUUGCGAACUUUCUAAAGGUGUUUUAUGGUGCUGUAAUCGAACCGUAUGUGUUCGUAGAGUGAGUAUUGUAUUGUAUUAUGAAUUAAAAUAUCUGCUAUAUUUACUUUCUAAACAUAUAAAACAAUAAUUUAUAAUUCAUUAUACUAUGUUAAUUUAUCACAUUUUAAGUGUCCCUAAAAUAUCUUAUUAUUUAUUUAAGAAAUGUUUUAACUAUAAUUGUUAUGCACAUUAAAAUUUUUAUCAGAAAUCAAAAUGAACCUACCCUAUAGCAUAAAUAUAACUCAAAUGAUUGGGAUGGAGAUGAUUUGAAGGCUGUUUUCACCUUUAAUAAUUUAUUUCAUAUUGUAUACAACAUUAAAAAUACUCCAAACCAUAAUAUUGCAUUGUUUUUAGACACUUACAAACAGACGACAUACCUAA